AUGUUAAUAAGUACUGCCAAAAGUUUACUUUCUGUGAAUCCUUGCCUGUUCCUCCAUACCAUUUCUAGUUCAAUGGACCAAGUUCCAUUUUUGUCUCUUCAAUCGUAUCAUAAUGACUAUCAAAGUAUUUCCACCCUUGGUAAUGGGUCUUUUGGAACUGUAGUCUUGGCAAAGUAUCGACAUCCUAUAGAAAACUUAGUUGAGUGGAAUGUGAAUAAGAAAGGGACGAUGCUUGAUUUAUUGUCCGACUCUUCGAACCAUUUGGGACCCUUGGUUGCAAUAAAAACUAUGAACAAAAAGCUCACCUCUAUCGAGGAUUAUGCUAGAGUCAAGGAGUACAAGUUUAUAAUCUCCAUCCCACUGCAUCCCUCUCUAGUUCAAAUAUACCUGAUGUUCAUCGAUAGAAGUUAUUUGAAUUUGCACAUUGUGAUGGAAACCAUGAAUCAAAACUUGUACCAGUUGAUGAAAUCGAGAAAGAACGUCAAAUUCUCUUCGGUUACUCUUAAAUCCAUAUUGAGACAGUUGGCUGAUGGUAUCCGUCACAUUCAUCGACAUGGGUACUUCCAUCGUGAUAUUAAACCUGAAAAUAUUUUAGUCUGCCAUACUCAGCAAUACUAUUGUUCUAAUAAUAAUGGCUGCAAAUUUUCAAAUGGCACAGUUCCCAGUAGCCGUUCACGGGAUAACUUUGUUGUAAAGAUAGCAGAUUAUGGGCUAGCACGUCACGUAAACAACGUUAAGGCCUUCACUGAAUAUGUAUCUACAAGGUGGUAUAGAUCACCUGAGAUUUUACUAAGAAAUAAUGGAUAUUCCAAGCCAGUUGAUAUUUGGGCAUUUGGAGCAGUUGCUGUAGAAAUGGCUACUUUCAGACCUUUGUUUCCAGGUGCAAAUGAGCUAGACCAAAUAUGGAAGGUAUUAGAGAUACUAGGCUCACCUUCUAGUGAUACUGGGAGCGAUUCAGAAAUUGACGUCGACAGUAACGCACCCUUUGGUGGAUUUUGGGAUGAAGCUCAGAGUUUAGCUUCUAACUUGGGGUUUCUUUUACCAAGCAACCCCGGAGUAACAAUUAAUCAAAUACUUCCUGAAGAAAGUUAUACAGACUUAGGAGAAUUGGUACAAAAGUGUCUUACCUGGAACCCUGAUAAAAGGAUUAGUAUAGAAGAAGUAUGCCAAUUGGCAUAUUUCAGGAACACUAGUUUGUCAGGGCCAUAUGUUGAACCUUCAAGGUUCUUCCAAGAAGAUGAAGUGGCGGAUGACCAUCAAAUACAAAAUAACUAUUCUGUACUUGACGAAAACACAGACCCGAUGCCAACUCUAGACCCUUUCUACGUUCAUGCUUCACCUGAAAAGUACGGAAGGAAGAGAGAUACUCAGUUGAAUCUACAACAACACUCAUUAAAAAAUGCAACCACUGACUACGGUCCGAAUUUCAUGGGGUAUAGAGGAGCUGAUUUUUAUUUUACUGAUAGAAAUAAUAAUGGCAAGGAGAGAGAAGAAGAGGAUGAUUCAGUUUUAGAAGGAGUAGAAGAGGAGGAGGAGGAGGAGAGUGUGUUAGAAGAUGUUCUUGAAUACAAUGGGUAUAAUGAGCAAGAGUGCAAUUAUGAAGACGAGAGUAUUCAGUACAUUCUAUCUCAUUCGAAAAAAAUAGGAAUCGAAUACUCAUGGGAGACAAACACGAAGCUAGAGACACCGGCUUUAGCGACGAGUUUACUUUUACGUGGAGAGUUAUUUGACACAGAAAAUAGUGAUGUAGAAAGAACUCAUGGCCAGGAAGACGAAUUGGGAAUUGGCGAUAUUUCCAUUGGAAGUAUUAAAGAGAUCAGUUGUUGA